AUGCUCUCACGUGUUGCUGCAGUGAAGGCACCCCGCACACACAACCGUCGCCGCGUGACCGGAUCCAGCGGAAGGAGGAGGGAAGGAGGAGAGGGUGAGCCGCAGGGGCCCAACAUGUCCCGGCGUGCGUCUACUUCCGCGGUGCUGCUCCUCCUCGUCGUGAUGAUGUGCGCCGCCGCGGGGUCUGUGCAGGCCCAAAACUAUGGAACGGGAGUGGACGAUCACUAUGGAGGACACAGUUUGGAGCGGUUGCCAGGGGAGUAUCGAGCCGCAAACCCACCGGUCCCUGGCCACAUUUUCCGCAAUCCCCAUCUUGUAAAUGUGGACGGGUUGCUGCUGGCCAUUGCUGGAGCUCAGUUCAAUAGAACUGUGGGGAGCGGGAGUGCGUCCAUGCAGUUGAUGGCACGGAUCAGCGUUGAUGCUGGGAGGACGUGGCAGUCGUACGCGGGGCCAGUAGGUCGUGACGCUUUUGCUGCACACCCUUACCGGAUGUCGUUUCCCUCGCCUUUUGGACCCUUCGGACCGCUUUUUGCUUUUGUGGAGGGCUACGACUUACGGAACGGGGCCAUGAUUCGGUUUCCCGAUGAGCGGAGAAGUGGGUUGGAGUCUGUUAUCCAUUUUAUGGAGACGGGGCCUGGACUAAGCGGAGGUUUGUCGAUGAAUUCCGUCUCUAUGAGCUUUCGCCUUCACUAUCCCUAUAAAUACGGUGACAUUAUUGGCUUCCUCAACGAUGCCAGCACUCCCAUCACGAGAAUGCAGGAUGGCACGCUCGUGUUUCCCGUGCAGUUUCUGACAAUGGGAGGGAGCACUGCGUCCACAGUCAUGUACUGGAAUUCCGGUCAACAGCACUGGACCUUUGCGAACAGCGCGACACAUGCGGGCUGCACCAGCCCCAGUAUCCUUGAGUGGGAGGCUGGAAAAAUUAUCAUGAUCACCUCAUGUGAGUCCGAUCGCCGAAGGGUGUACGAGUCGACCGACAAGGGGAACACGUGGACGGAGGCUCUGGGGACGCUCUCGCGCGUGUGGGGCAACUCAUUGGCCGGUCUUGGGCUCCACAUUCAGAGUGGAUUCAUCACAGCAACGAUUGGCGGAAAGAAGGUGAUCCUCCUCACCCAGCUGGAAUAUUUCAGGGACAACCAAAUGGGCAGGAUUCACCUGUGGCUAACGGACACGAACCGCAUUUACCACGUUGGCCUGUUACCCACUGGGUAUGGCGCGACCUCCAGCUCUCUGUUGUACGCGGAUGGUAGGCUGUAUUGUUUGUACAAGACAGGUUUUGGAAACGACUCCGUAGCCGACCCCUUGGAUCUGACGCUUGAGCUGCAGAGGAUAAUGUAUGCGCUGUCUACCUGGGCCGCAAAUGACAAUGCCUUGAGACAAUGCAGCUCAAUUGCCGCGAACGCCGCGCUGUCAAGAUGGGACUGUUCUGUUUCUAUCCCCACGGCUGGGCUUGUGGGCCAUUUGGCCGAUACGCUCCGUGGGGACACGUGGGAGGACGAGUACCUUGGGGUGAAUGCCGUUGUGAGGGGUGCGAAGAAAAAGGCUCCCAGUGGGUUGACGUUCGAAGGGCAGGGCGCGGGGGCCGAGUGGCCUGUGGGCAAGCAGUGGCCGAACAUACCGCUCCACUUUGCAAACUAUGGGUUUACUCUUGCGGCAACGGUGUCGAUCCACGAGGUGCCGAAGGGCAUCACUCCCCUGAUGGGCCUGAAGAAAAUGGGGACGACAACACUCCUGGGACUGUCGUACGAUAAUAAUAUGGAGUGGAGCGUGGUGAAUGACUUGUUCCCGAAGCAUUUCACCGCAUGGGAGGUGGACAAGACGUAUCACGUGGUGCUCAAAAUGCAUGACGGUGUGGGCUCCGUGUACGUUGACGGGACUCUCCUUUGGAAUAUGAGGCUGAGAAAUUCGUUCAAUGAAGGGCUGGACGAGGUCUCACACUUUUACUUUGGCGCGUACGAUGAGCAGCUGAGCAGCAGAAAAAUCCAUGCGACGGUGGCGAACGUCUUUCUGUACAACCGCCCGUUGAAUGAAACUGAGAUUGGCGCCCUCAACGCGAGUAAAGUCACCAUUCCACCUCCGGAAAGGGAGCCGGAGCCGGCGGCGGCAGCUACUUCUCCGUCUGUUGAAUCUGCCAGCGAUACGGUUGCCACAAAUACGCAGCCAACUGUGCCAUCAUCUGCUGCUGCCGGACCACAGCAGACGGACCAAGCAACUUUGAGCGCGAGCAGUGGUGCGAGCAGUGGUGCGAGCGGUGGCGCUCCAUCCACACCAGCGGAGUCGGAAUCAGAAGAGCCGAAAUCAGCGGACUCGGAAUCAGAAGGGCCCAGGCCAGCGGAGUCGGAAUCAGAAGGGCCCAAGCCAGCGGAGCCCAAUGCCGCGACAUCCUCAGCAAGGGAGAGGAGCGCAGACCAGUCGGCAUCUGUUACAUCUUCAGGUGCCGCCAGCUCGGAGGAUGAGGCUUCCUCAUCUGAUGAUGCACAAACGGUGGGGACGGAAGGUGGGGCUAUGAUGCAGGCAGAUCAACCAACCCAAUUCUCUGUGGGCACCCCCGACACAGCAAAUGCAGCAACACACAACGCUGAGGGCAAGGGACAAGAAGGGCUCCAUCCACAGGUCAAGGAAGCAGAGGCGGCGACACCCAGCAGCAGCCUUUUAAAUUCGUCGCAGUGGGAUAACAGCGUUGCUGGCACUAUGCGUGAGAGCGGACUGCUGCCGCUGCUUCUUCUGCUGGGGCUGUGGGGGUUUGCGGCUGCGUGA